ACCCUCCUUUGUUUCUGUUUCCUUCUUCUCUCCCAAGGUCACUUGCUUGACGCAUUGUCGGACAGGAUUCCGGACACGGAGCUGGUACUUAAUCUCAUCGUGUUGGCCAACUAAUCCGAUUGCACGCUACCGUCGACCGGUCCCAGUCCUCUCUAACGCUCUGCGCUUUUGCUCGUGCACGCCAUGGUCAACUUCUCUCUUUCUUCUUGCCGGUACUCUUCUUUUGCCCUUUUCACUCUUUGCAAUGCUGUCCUUUGUGUUAUCGCGGUAUGGAAUCUGACAUUAGCCCAAGAAAUUGGGUGGACUCCAUUCGUUGAUGCAUACCUCAUUGCGAUCGGCGCAGCUGGCAUCCUAUGGAUGUUCCCAGUGAUGUUCCUCGACCAACUACGCAAAAACGCCCUUGUCAGUCGGGUAUGGUUUGAGUGUGCUUGGGUCGGUCUGUUCUGGAUAUUGAAUCUCGCUGGUGCUGCCGCUGUCACCGCUAUGCUUCCCAACAUGAUGUGCAGCUUUGCAGCAAAUCUUCUUCUUCCCGGCGCAUGCGCAACAACAGAUGUGCUUCUCGCGUUCUCGUGGAUAGGGAUGGCCAAUCUACUUGUCUAUCUCUGCGUCUUGAUGGUGUCUGCCAUCAUCCACAUGAAGGACGACUCCACGAUCUGGAGCGCCCACACGAGAACAUAUCCUUGGUUCAGGCUGCGCGAGCAACUCAACAGCGCUCGACCUUCCCCCGUGCGCACAACAUGGUCGAAAGCCCCUCUCCCCUCUGCCGCCCCCUCAAUACGCCUCCCUUCUGAUUUCUCAGACCGGAUGGUUGCGAGCGGCACGCUCAAGAGCUCGGCUAUGCGGAGCUCCACGAUGAAGAGCUCUGUGGUCAGGAGCUCGACUUUCGAUCACGAAAAGCUCUCUGCCGUACCCUCCGCACUCCGGAAUACCAAGACGCCGCUCACUGCCAACAAGUCGGCCAAGAUUCUUCAGAGCGCAUGGAUCUCCGCAACAGUGACGCCCGCCUCACCUCCUUCAGACGAGUACUCGUCGUACUCGUCAGGUUCAGGCGGUUCGGGCUCCGAUCGUUCUGACCUCACGUCAACGCCGACGGGUCUCCCCCCGUCGGCGAUGUACGUACCAUUUUCAUCGACGAUCAAGCCCUCACCAGGCCCCCCACGCUCGAGCUCGUUAGCGACAACGUUCGGCCAGCCCCCGGUGAGCGCGCUCCUCACGCCCUCCCGGAAAGGCAGCCUGCGUUCGGCCGCCGCGAUGCCGUCACCGAAACCUCCAGUGUCCGCAAAGCCCUACCAAGCAAGCGGUCCGCGCAAGUCGAAGCGCAAGUCGAAUCGGCCUCCGCCGCUGGAUAUGACGCGUCUGCAUUCCACGUACGGCCGGUGAGGGACACGCCAGGUGUCCGCGAGCGGCCCUGGCGCUCUAAGCAGAAGACGUUGCAUGCGUCAUCUUGCUUGGGGUAGACAGCGUCGCCGCGCGAUGGUUCUGUCGUCUGUACAAGCUGCGGUUCUUGUUGUAUCAGUACUAGUAGUGUUGCCAUGCUGUGUACGAGUUGUUGUGCUAUCUUUUUGCUUUGCCAAUACCACUUUAUCGCAAAGAUCUGCUACCACUCACGGCGGUAUGCUGGAAUUGGGGCCUUUGCAACUCGUCUGAUGUCA